UUCUGACGUCAGACGUAGUGCUGCCUUCUGCCAGUGCAUGAAUUCUCACGUUUGGCGCUGCUAGUUCACUUUCAACUUCUAGCCGCAUUUUCCUCGCCCAAAGCUUGGCUUCUUGUCGGCUUCGUGCUUUUCGGUCAAUAUUACAGCUUUGGCUUCAAGAACAGCGCGUUCUGCGAUCGCCUUCCUCUCAUCCUGGCUGGAAAAAACAGAAGACGCCAGAUGGCUAGGAGAGGCCAGGAUGAUAGAUUCCACAUCAAUCGCCAUCCAAUGUCCUCCUCACUGGGGCACGACUUCAUGCCGAGGAGUCCUGCCCGCCCAACAAGCUGGCUCCCGGAUAUUAAUAUACGUCCUGCACCUCCUGGGCCGACGUUUGAAGUUAAUAGAAGGAUGGUAACAUUGGAAGAAAUGGAAUCUGCCAUGGAAAAGAUGAAAUUUGAGAUGAAAACUUCCAUCGCAAGGCUGUUCCAAGCAUACACAAUAUACUUCCUCGAUCAAGUAGAGCAUAUUAUGAAUGAUUUCGAAGAGCGGAUAAGAAGAGUUGUGCGCGAAGAGCUCGAGGAUCUCCGAAUGAGGGACCAGGGUGGCAGAGCAAGAAGAGGUGCAGCCCCUCCAGCAAGGCCGGCCCAGCCUAAACGCAGACUAUGCAGCUGCUUAGGGCCCCAGACCACUAGGGGGCCCCCAAUCUGGGCCCCCAAAUGGCCUGGGCCGGCCCUGCCCUCCAGCCCUGAAUCCCCUCCGGGAGAAAGAAAUUCGAUUCCAUCGGCUUGUUCGUGAGGAAUUCUUUGAACAGGCUUUGAGAGAGCACACGGAAGUUGGAGCAUUAGCAGCAAGCGGGAGACAGCUGAUGGAAAGCCCGCAAGUGUACAGUGAAUGUGGAUGCUCUUCUGUUCUGUAACUAAAGAUCUGUCAGUUAAAAAACAUCAACUCUUUCAGUAAGUUGUCUUAUUCAAGAACCCCACAAAUACAAAAUAACACAUGGUGACAGAAGUGGUCUGGAAGAGGUCGUUAAAAGGAAGUGGAACGACAGAUUCUACGGAGGGAUGUGAAAGUUAGGUGGGGGAAUGGUGGUGGGAAAAUUAAUACCCAACCUGUCAGAGAAAAUUGCCCCACUAAGAACUAACAGAGAACAACACUGAAUGGCAAUUGAACCAUGAGAAUGAAAAGGCAUGGAAUGACCUAAGGAAACUUCUCACAAAAGAACCGGUCCUGAAAUUCUAUGAUCCGGAGAAAGCUAUCAAAAUAUCAUUGGAUGCGUCACAGAGUGGGCUCAGUGCAUUAUUUCUGGCAACCUGUAGCAUUUGCAUCACGCUUGAUGACAGAUAUGGAAACACGUUAUGCACAAAUUGAAAAAGAACUGCUCAGCAUCACAUAUGCCUGCGAAAGAUUUCAUCAGUUUGUGUCAGGACAAGAAAUCAGUGUGGAGACUGAUCACAAGCCCCUGAUUACAUUGUUUCAAAAGCCACUAAAUGAUUGUCCAUUCCAAAUCCAACUAAUGAUGAUAAAACAACGUUACUCACUGAAAGUUGCAUACACCCUAGGUAAACUUAUGUAUACAGCUGACACGCUAUCCAGAGCUGUUGACCCAAAGGAGCGUUCGAACACUAAACUGGAUGAAGAUGUGAAUGCUUAUGUACAUAUGGUCACAGGUGCACUGCCAGUAGCAGAUGCAAAGAUGGAGCUCAUACGGACUGAGACUAUCAAAGAUGAAAGACUGAAACAACUGGAGGAAAUAAUCAGAAAUGGAUGGCCUGACGUGAAACAGAAUUGCUCACCAGACAUAGCGGAGUAUUGGAACUACAGGGCUGAGCUAUCUGAGGUUAAGACUAUCUUAUUGUCACAGACUAUUACUCCGUGUAUCCAGAAAUCUCUAAACUGCAUGCCACCACAGCAGAAGCUGUGAUAACAUGUAUGAAAGCCAUAUUCCAAAGGAACGGUAUCCCAAACCAGAUUUUUUCAGAUAAUGGCCCACAAUUUUCUAAUGACAAGUUCCAAUCCUUUGCCAAGAAAUGGGACUUAAAGCAUGUAACAUCAAGUCCACACUUUCCACAGUCCAAUGGCUUAGUGGAAAGGUCCGUCAAAACGGUGAAACGGCUGAUGCACAAAGCAGCUGAAAGUGGUACGUAUGUCUACCGGAGCUUGCUGGUGUACCGUACAACACCGCUCGAGGGUGGUAUGUCCCUGGCCCAGCUCAUGGGACGCAUGCUAGACAUUUUCGUUGUCUGUCAUUUUGACUGACAGGGUCAUAAAAAUCCGGUCAUAAUCUAUUUUUACCAGUCACUUAAAUUUUUAAAAUGAUAAUGAUGACAUAUUCAAUAGUAUUUAGUUUUCAUUCAUUUUUAAUUAAUAUUGUAACACUUGCUUGGCGGCGAAAAAUUAGACACGGAAGUUGUAUUUUUCUCCCUCUUUUUACUCUGCUUACCGCCAACAACACCAACAAAACAACUCCACUCAAAGAAAAAGAGGCAACUAUAUAGACCCCAAUCACCAACGUCACACAAUGAUCUUAAUCGUGGUUGUCAGCCCAAAAUCUUCUAAAU